UACAGUUCCAGAACUGUCGAGAUCGCACCGAGCGAACGAGUCAGACACAAGCGAGACUAGAGCCUAAAGCAGGUCACAGACACUCACAGCCUUAAAGAGUUUAUCUCAGAGUUUUUCUCAGAGUUUAUCUCAGAGUUUAUCGCAGAUCUUCAGCCUUCCUCACAGACGCAUGGCCACCCUGACGCUGACGCAGAGGCGGGAGCGGUACGCGGAGUGCCGCUGGUCCGCACGGAGCACAGAACCAGAGGUUUUCACGUUCGAGAGGAUUCCUCCACAGACCGCGGCGCUCAGCUGCUACGCGCCCAUCCGACCCAAGAAGCGGUGCACGCGGGUCAUGUACCCGGCCAAAGUGCGCAUGCACCUUCCGCCGCCGGAGCGCAGCUCCGCCAAGCGCGCGCUGCUGCUGCUGCUGCUCGUGCUGCUGUGGCAGAUCUGGACCGAGGAGCCGGAGCUCAAGAUCCGUCCACGCGCACCACAGCCCACGUGCCCAUCCUACGUUCCAACGUACUUCACCUCCAGGCGCGAGAGCCCCGUGUGCCCCGCGAGCCAAGCCAGCCCCGCACGAGAGCCCGGCCACGGUUUUGAGGGCGCGCGCAACAGCUACGUGGUGGCGCUGCUCGUGGCUCACCGUCUCGGGUCCGACUGAGCCCCGCGAGACACUACACCUGAGUACGAGACCAGAGUCCGGACCAGAGAGCCGAAUCUGAACCAGGACUAGAUCAGGAGAGUCCCAGAGGAGCCGCGGGACAAACCUCACACUAAGGCCGGGGACAGCGCACCCAGAGGCGGCCACAGUCCGCACAGAGCCCCGCUGAGCCCCGGGCCGGACAGAACUGAAGCUGAAACUGGACUGAACCAGGAUCAAACCAAGACUUGAAAAUAUGGAACUUUUCAAACUUAGAAAAACUGAGUUUCAGAGACUUGAAUCAAACUGAAAAGACUUGAAGUGAGCUCACGCGCACGUGCACGCGCACCAACACUGUCGUUACUGUAACGCUAUAAAUGUUAUUUAGUAUUUAUUGAACUAUUUGCUAUUUAUUAUUUUGUAAUAAAACGUAUUGAAAUGAA